UUUUUCUCGGCCAUUUGUUCGGACGAUGAGGGAAAAGCCCUUCCACUGAUAUUUCACACAUCUGCUUCAAAUGCCCAAUGAUAAUGGAAAGCAUUUGUCUGCGAUGCUUGAGAGCCUGGUCCUCGUCAGGACGGCCGCAUGUCGUUGGAAUCGAUAAGAGAUCCUGCGCCAAGUGUGCUUAUGACUUGGAGAAUAAAGCGCGGCUCGCGCUCGACGGCCUUCUCGAUGCCAAUCCAUCAUCCAUUGUUAUGGCCAAAUUCCCAGAAGUCCAAGGCGGUGGCUCGCUGAUUCUCGCUUGGCAAGUACGGAACAAACAUGUUUUGGUUAUAGGCGGCGGCGAGGUCGCUGCCGGUCGCAUUCUCAACGUCCUCAAUGCAGACGCCCGUGUGACGGUUAUAUGCCCGUCAUCAGGCCUUAACCCGGAGGUUGCCUACCGUAUAUCCCAAAACCAGAUCACACACAUCGACCGCACCUUCGAGCCCUCAGAUCUCGAUGGCGACGUGUCGAUGGUGCUAUGCGCCGUCGACGACCCCGCAGCUUCAUCGGAAAUUUAUCAGCUAUGCAAGCAGCGCCGCAUACCUGCAAACAUUGCCGACGUGCCUCCCGAAUGCGAUUUCUACUUCGGAAGCGUGCACAGAGACGGCCCGUUGCAGAUCAUGAUCAGCACGAAUGGCAAUGGCCCCAAAUUGGCGAACAUAGUGCGUAGACGGAUUGCUAGCAUGCUCCCGAAAAACGCUGGCGACGCUGUAACGAAGGUUGGUCAGCUAAGGCGGAAGCUGAGGAAGCUUGCGCCUGAGCCUGAAGAAGGCCCGAAGAGGAUGCAGUGGAUGUCGAAGGUAUGCGAGAAGUGGAGUUUGGAUGACUUGUGCGCUAUGACGGACGAUGAUAUGGAAAAGCUGCUUGAGUAUUACAAGCCAGGAACGGUACCCAGACUGGAUCAAUUGAGGAUAGAUGAGGAGUCCGUGGUGUACACGUUUGAUGGCUCCUUCGGAUGGUCAGUCUAGCUUCGUGGCUGAUCAUGCUACUGGGCUACGAAUAUAGAUGAAGAAUGAGACGCUGCGCCGUGUUAGAUAUAAACUAUCGUAUACGCUACUGAUGCUCUUGAGAUCUAUGCAAGGUUUGCUUCAUCUAUGCUCGGAACGAUCAGGCAGCCGGCGUGUCCCUGAGGCUCAUGGUCGUAGUAUCUAAUCACGACCUUGGUUUGAUCUCCGAAGUCUGC